UGCUCUAAUCUUUUUCUCAUGUCUUGAUUAUUAGUUACUCUUUCUUUCCAAUCUUUAUGACAGAAAUAGCAAAAUGGGUUAUGGGUAUAUUCCCAUUUGGUUUCUGAUUCCUUUCGCAGAUUUAUCAAAUCUAUGUUGCAAAAAUUAAAAUCUUGUAAUAAUCUAUGUAAGUCCGUAAACCUUUUUGUUUUGGAAAUUUAUCUCCUCUCAUUAAUUGCUUCUUGUUUCUUCAAAUCUAGUUUGAUAUUUAUCGAUCUAUUCUAAAUGGGUAACUAGAUUUUGUUUUCAGGUAAACUUUCUCGAUCUGUUUGUAGUCUUUUUACUCUUUUUAAUGUUUUUCUUGUUGCCGUUGUUGUGGUUGAUUGAAAAUACUGAUUUUCCCCCUCUUUCUCUGUGGAAUUUGAAUUUUUUAGCGGAGUAUAGAAUACCCAUUUCUUAAAUUGUUAGAAUUCUGCAGUUAUACUGACUUGUGAUCGAAUUCAGGGUGAUCUGGGUUUGUGGGUGUUGUUUGGAUGGUCUGAAAAUUCUCUUUAAUUGACAGUUUCAGUUAGGUCAUAAGUUUAAUUGCAUAAAAUAUAUAUGGGUUUUGUAGUUUUGUUUGAGCUAUCAACAGUUAGGGUUUUUUUCUUCAUUUCUUUUGUUUCUUGAGCUUUGUGAACCUAAAACUAUAUAAAAAAAAAAAACUUGGUUCCUGGGUUGUACUGGUAAUGGAUUACGGCCAAGAAUCCGGGUUUUCUGGUGGAAAUGUAGUUCAGGUACUUACCGGACCACAGAGCAAUGGUGUGGGUGAGAAUUGGGGUUCGGGGUCUGCCGACCAGGCGGUUUGGGCAAGUGAAGAUGAUUAUAGGGUUUGGAAUAGGGAAGCUUCUGUUGAUACUACUUCCAAUUCGGAUUACGAUGGAAGGCAAUUGCAAACUAGGUCUGGUAGUGAACCCCCAAAUAAGAAAUCAAGAAACUCCCAAUCUGGUGAUAGUCGAUCGAAAGCAAUUGGAAAGAUGUUUUUCAAAACCAAAUUGUGUUGCAAAUUCCGAGCGGGGACUUGCCCAUAUAUCACCAACUGCAAUUUUGCGCAUAGUAUUGAAGAACUUCGGAGACCACCUCCUAAUUGGCAAGAGAUUGUGGCGGCCCACGAGGAGGAGCGAGGUGUAUCGUCUGAGCCAAGAGAGGAGUUCCAAAUUCCAUCACUCGGGUCAUCUGGUUUUAGUGGGGAGACUCAGAGGUCAUAUAAAGGGCGACAUUGCAAGAAAUUUUAUACUGAGGAGGGCUGCCCAUAUGGAGAUAAUUGCACGUUUCUUCAUGAUGAGCAGUCGAAAGAUCGAGAGAGUGUGGCAAUAAGUUUGGGUCCUGGGAGUGGUGGGGGAUAUGGGGGAAGUGCGAGUGCGACUGCAAGUGGAUCAAAUUCAAAUGUGAAGCCUUCGAAUUGGAAAACGAGGAUUUGUAACAAGUGGGAGAUGACAGGGUAUUGCCCAUUUGGAAAUAAGUGUCAUUUUGCUCAUGGGUCUCAAGAAUUGCAUCGUUAUGGUGGGGAACUUAUGGAGACAGAAACUAGAGAUUCUUCCUUCGCUCCUCCAGAUGUAAAGCUGGGGGCAGUGCCUUCGAGAACUCUGGCUGAUACUAUAGUUGCGUCUGUCACUUCAGCUCCUCAUUCAGACGGUUAUCAUAUUGGAGUUCCGUCACAGAGAUUGUCCAAUGUAAUCCAGAGGACAGGUCAGAGACCCCACCAGAAGUGGAAGGGUCCGGAUAAAAUUAGUAGAAUAUAUGGUGAUUGGAUCGAUGACUUUGAGUAAAUUCUUCACCGGCAUAUAUUGAAUUCCCAUGAAAGAAGUUUCGCCCAGAAGGUAGAAUGAUUUGGCGCUUUCGGAAACAGUACUUCUCUUGCCCUAUCUCUUAGAUUAAGUGAAGAUUUGCUAUUGCUCUUGUUUUUAAAGUUCCCAGGUGACAAGGCUUGUAGAAUCUCAAGCACAUGUAUGAAUUUACAAGCUUUUUUCUUUCAUGUUUGUAGGUUCGGUAACUUAUGUAAUCUUUCUUUUGCUCUGUUCAUUCCCUCUUUCUAUUGGGAAGGCUCAUCUUGGUUUUAAUAUAAUCCGAGCUUGUGCUUAAAUCUCA